AUGACCUUUUGGGAGGACAUGACAAUCCUUCAAACGCUGGAAAGAACUUUGAAAGCUGAGAACAGCAAUCUUAAUCUUGGUCCCUGUUCUUGUUUCCAGAGAAUUCGCUCAACAGUAGACGAGAAGGAGCAAAAACAGCUUCUAAUGGACCUGGAUGUUGUUAUGCGUAGCAGUGCUUGUGAAUAUAUCGUCAAGUUCUACGGAGCCCUGUUUACUGAGGGCGAUGCUUGGAUUUGUAUGGAAUUGAUGGACACAUCCUUUGAUCAGUGCUACAAGCAUAUUUAUGGUGUCCUGUUGGAGACCAUACCUGAGGAUAUUCUGGGAAUGACUUCAUUAGCGGUAGUCAAGGCACUGGACUAUCUAAAAACCAAGCUCAAUAUUAUUCAUAGAGGUUUGUUUACAUUUAGUUUACUCUUAGUAUAGAGAAAAUGAAUCUCU